AUGGUUCCAUCAACCAAAUCAUCACCAGUAAAAUCUCCAUUAUCAAGCCCAGAAGCUUCAACUUCAUCUGCCAGCACCUCACCAGUAUCCAAUUCAAAAGCAUCAGCUUCAUUAGAGGGUCAGUCAGAACAUCUAUCAGAACAGAUUAAGCCUGCCACUGUUGAAGAAGAAAGUAAGACUUCUAUUGAUUCGGAAGAGGAUGACAAACCCUUAUCAUCAAGGCUUCGAAUGAAGCCGAAACCUCAGAAGAAAACUUCUUCUCCGGUCUCUGGUAAGAGGCCUCUAGAUGAGGCCAAUGUCUCUGAGCAGUCUUCAGUUAAAAGGCCAAAAGUUCCGGAUUCUUCUACUUCUGCAAAGAACAAGCAGGUGUCAGCCAAAAAAGAAGCAAAGGAAGAGGAGGAUGAUGACUUCAUUACAAUUGCCGAUCGAGCUAAGAAAGUCAGGUCAGAUAAUAAAUCAUCUGUGGCAUUGACAAAGCCAAAAAAGGUAACAAAAGUGGGUUCAUCUUCAAUCAAGAAAACGAUCAAGAAGGACAAAAAAGGUUCGAAUUUUUCGAAGUAUUCUAAAUCAACAAACGUGGCGCCAAGCUCUAAUGAUGGGCAGGAAAAAUGGGCUACUUUAGUUCACAAUGGUGUCAUCUUCCCACCUCCAUACAAGCCUCAUGGUGUAAAGAUGCUCUACAAUGGGAAGCCAGUCAACUUGGCUCCUGAACAAGAGGAGUGCAGGUUGCGACGAUGUAUGCCGUGA